AUGCCUGCGGCUACUAUUCCUGCUCCCAUUGCCGUCAAGGAACCCGCCAACUUGGCUGGUGUCCUCAACAAGAAGAGAAAGAUCAUCUGCUUCUCUGAUUUUGAUGGCACAAUCUUCAUGCAAGACACGGGACACGUCCUGUUCGACAGGUUCGGCUGCGGCUCCAAGCGGCGAGACAUUCUAGACGAGCAGAUCAAGACAGGCGAGCGCUCGUUCCGCGAGGUGUCAGAGGAGAUGUGGGGGUCGCUGAACGUCCCCUUUGACGACGGCUUCGAGGUGAUGGAGGAAUCCCUCGACAUCGACCCAGACUUCCGGUCGUUCCACAAGUUCUGCCUGGACAACGAGAUCCCCUUCAACGUGAUCUCUGCCGGCCUGAAGCCCGUCCUGCGCAAGGUGCUCGACACCUUCCUGGGCGAGGAGCAGUCCAAGCACAUCGACAUCGUCGCCAACGACGCCGACAUCAACCAGGACGGCUCCGAGUGGAAGGUGCUCUGGCGCCACGACACAGAGCUGGGCCACGACAAGGCCCUCUCGAUCCAGGAGGCCCGCGCCGCCGCCGAGGCGGACCUGGCCGGCGACGACGGCACCAUCCCCCUGAUCGUCUUCAUCGGCGACGGCGUGUCCGAUCUCCCCGCCGCGCGCCAGGCCGACGUCCUCUUCGCCCGCCGCGGCCUCCGCCUCGAGGAGUACUGCGUCGAGAACGACAUCAGCUACAUCCCCUUUGACACCUUUGCCGGCAUCCAGACCGAGCUCGAGAGCAUCAUGGCCGAGGACGCCCAGAAGACGGGCGGCAUGGGCGUGCCCGCGCGCUUCAACCCGCGCGCCAACCUCUGGCGCCGCGUCUCGAGCAAGAGCGCCGUGCCGCGGUACGUCGUCAUGACGCCUGCCCGUGAGGACAAGAUGUUCCUGUGGCCUGAGGCCUUCUCGGAGCUCAAGACGCCUGGCGUCGAGACCAAGACUUUGGAGCUGGGUAGCGUGACCGAGGAUGCUGUUGCCGAGGCCACGGCGCCGGCGGUUGUUGUGCCUGCUGCAUAG